GAACAGUAUGCCGUAGUCGUCAUUUUAAUAAAAAACUUCUGUUCGUAUUGAAUUUGGUUAUAUUUCGGAAAUUUAAAAAUAAUUCAAUACACUUUUAGUCAAAAGACAGAACUAUAAUCUUAUGCUUUUAAUAAUCGCACAAUAAUAUGCAAAAGUGACUUAUUAAUUCAUAAAUAUUGAAAUAAUGGCGGACAGAGAUCUCUCUUUAGGUCCUCGGGAUGGAGUUACUUACCCAAUAAGAGUACAGUAUUGCGGUAAUUGUUCGAUGCCAAUAGAAUAUUGCGAAUAUUAUCCUGAAUAUGAUAAAUGCAAACAAUGGCUCGAAAAGAAUCUUCCGACUGAAUUUGAAAAAGUCAAGAUAGACGAGGAUGACAAUGGAGGUGGAGAGGAAGAAAAGAAAAGACAGAAAAGAGGUGGCAAGGGCAUGUUAAAAUCAAAGAAAAAGGAAGAUGUUCCAAAACUGGUGCAAGUAUCUAGAGCCCCCCGUGGUAAAAAGAAAUCAGUUACUGUAGUGUCAGGACUGAGUACAUUUGACAUAGACUUAAAGGUAGCUGCAAAAUUCUUUGGCACCAAGUUUGCAUGUGGAUCUUCAGUUACGGGUGAUGACGAAAUUGUUAUUCAAGGUGAUGUCAAAGAUGACCUUUUCGAUGUUAUUCCAGAGAAAUGGCCUGAGAUUGAUGAAGAUAGUAUUGAAGAUCUUGGAGACCAAAAGAGAUAAUUACUCCAAUCGGAAACCAUCUCUACUCUGUGUGCUCUGUAUUCAUCCUAAAGAGUCAUAAGCAACAAUGAUUAUUGUUAUGUCUUUUUUCAUGUGGAGUAAUAAAGAAGUUUUCUAAACUU